AUGCGUUUAAAGCUUGCAAUCUCUGGCCUGGGUCAAAAUAUUAUCACGUUGAAAGAAAAUGCCACCCUAAGCGAUCUAGUUAAGGCUGCAGAAACCGCAUUUGAAAAUCAGAUCUCAGUGGCUUCAGUAGGGUUUGGCUAUCCUCCAAAGAAGAUAUCUAUAAAUGAAGAGGACGGAAAUUCGGCUUUGACUGAUUUGGGUAUUAGUAGUGGCGAGCGUGUUUCUCUGGAGCCAGCUCGUAAUACAGCUAACCCCUUAAGACCAGAAGGACAAUUUGCCGCCGACACCAGACAAAGUCAAAAUAAAAAACCUUUGACGAAAACUCAGAUUUAUAUCAAGGACAGUCAGAUUCUACAAGUGCAUCAGGUUCCUGACGAUAACUCAUGUCUAUUUCAUGCUAUUUCAUACGCAAUGUACAAAGAUAUUACCGUGUCUUCGCAACUCCGUGAAAUUGUAUCUAAAGAAAUCUCCGCCAAUAAGACUAAAUUUUCAGAUUCAAUUCUAGGGAGGCCUAAUCAAGAGUAUGCAAAUUGGAUUCUGCAGCGUGAUUCGUGGGGUGGUGCAAUUGACAUCGUAGUACUGUCUAGCUCCUUGGAAGUAGCAAUAUUAACGCUGGAUGUGGAUGCUUUAAGAUACGAAAAAUUUAAUGAGGACAAGUACGAUUCAUUUAUUAUGGUUGUAUUCUCGGGUGUCCAUUACGAUACUAUUGAAGUUUACCAUGAGGCGAAUGAUGAGCGACAAACUGUCUUUCGGUUCGGCGACCCAGACUCAGAAAACCUCCUUGUGCAGGCCAUUGAGGUGGCGAAGAAGAUGAAGGCUGCAGGCAUGUCGUUUAACACAACUCGCGAUAGGAUAAAGUGCAACACUUGUGGCUCUAUUCUUAUCGGGGAACGAGAAGUAGCUCGGCAUGCCGAGCGAACAGGUCACAUGGAUUUCGGUCAGGUGUCCGCUUGA